GAUUAGGAGCCAAGUUAGAGGAUGGGGCAAACGGUUUCUUUCAAAAGCAGGGAAGGAAAUUUUACUUAAAACUGUUGCUCAAGCAUUACCUCAAUAUUCAAUAAGUGUUUUUCUUCUCCCCAUUGGACAUUGCCACAGAAUAGAAGGAAUUAUGAAUCACUUCUGGCGGAGCAACAAAGGCUCGGACCUAUCUGGAAUUCACUGGCUCUUGUGGCAGCGUAUGUCAAUGCCAAAACAAUUUGGUGGCCAAGGCUUUAGAAGGAUUCGAGACUUCAAUGUUGCUAUGAUUGGAAAACAAGGUUGGAGACUGAUGGUCAACCCGAAUUCCUUAGUGGGGAGAGUCUUUAAGCUCUUAGAUCCAAGGGGGUUGCUAUUGAGCCUAACUGCUGCAUCUGUGGGGCACCGGAAGAAUCGGUGGAGCAUGUUUUCCUUUUCUGUCCUUUUGCUCAGGCUACUUGGAGACUCCUACACAGAGAGAUCACCACAGGCCUGCUGGGAACUCAAGGUGGUUACACCGGAGGUUGCUACUGAUUGGGCCCGAGAAGUAUGCAUGGCUAGGACAAGUCGUGAUAUACAUGGUGGCACGAUGGUGACGUCGGAGGGGUUGGGGCUUCAACACUUGAAUCGGCCGGAUCUCCUGCGCUGCUUUGUUGAUGCAGCCAUGUUUCAAAGGGAUGGUUCUGCAUCAGUGGCGGCAGCCCUUCUUGAUGGGGCAGGCACGUUCAUCAGGGGCUUCAACAAGCUUGUCACCUGUCCCUUGGUAUCAAGGUACGUAGAAACUUUAGCUAUUAAGGAAGCUCUAUCUUGGCUCAAGGAGAAAAAUAUCCAUGAUGUCGCUAUUUUCUCUAACUGUGUUCAAGUGUGUUAGAAUAAUAGACCAACGGUAGAGGGGGGGUGAAUAGCGUUUGAUCGUAGAAAUCGCAGGAAUUAAAAAAUUUAAAAGAGAUGUAAAGAGAAGAGUAAGAGGCACACCGAAUUUACCCUGGUUCACCACAACUUGUGGGUAAUCUAGCCUCCCGAGAGACUCUCUCGAGCUACACUACUAUCUCGUUAAGCUUAACGGUGCUUAACAAACCCUU